AUGGCCUUGUGUAACCAUUCCAACAGCCCUAUUCCCGCUGCACCUUGCGAGGCUGGUGGCAUAUCAGACCAGGCCCUACGAGACGCGCUGGCAGAUGCCCUGGCUUGUCUGCCACUGAUAGACAAGGGGAACAGGAUGGUUGACAAAUGCGCCAAAUUCGUCGCAACACUGCAGCAGUGUUUGAACUUGCUAGACCAAACCGGGCCUCAUGAUGCCGCCCCAGCGAGACCAGCCACCAGCGAGCACAUGCACAUGGGCGCACCUCGGGGCAGUCAGAAUGGGCAACACCCAUAUGUCCCCGGACCCAUCGAUGCGGUGAAUCUUGACCUCACUGCACUGGGAUGGGAAACGGAGGAGUUUCUGUCGUCUCUCAAUGCCGGCUUCAUGGAAGGGUUCCAGGAUUCGGAUUAA